CUCUAGAAGUAGUCCCUCAUCUUUCGUCACACACACAUACACUCUGCACUACAUACACACACUGACUCAUUGUCUCCACUGCCAGCAGGAAGUCUGCUGCACCAGCUGCAAGUCUGAACGGAAAAAGAGGCAUCUUUAUGACUGUUCUUGAAUCUGACCAACACAGUCAAACUUCAACACACAGCUUCAUCUGGACAAAACUAUCAUGAGAGUCUUCUGCCCGUUCUUCAUACUGCUUCUGUUUAAUGCAAGACUUGCCCCAUCAUGGGCACAAUACCACUACCAGAGUUUGAUGAACUACUUAGAAAACAGAAUGUUGGCCAUGGAGGAGCGAAUUUCACUGUGGCAUGAGCAAUCCAAUCGCUAUAAUUCAGAGCUGAAGGAAUUCAGACAACAGGCAACUGAUCUGAUGGAACGGCUAGGCAAGGAUCAUCUGAAACUGCAGCUAGAUCUAGAUGGGGCAGGGGUUCGUGUGGAGCGAGUGGAGCGAGAGAUGGACUACAUCGAGACCCAGAACCCUCCAAAGCCUUGCACCAAGGCAGAGGACAAAAUGACAGAACAAGAAGGAAUUUUCAAACCUAAUAGGAAGGAAGAGGAACUCAUUCCAGUGACAGGUUGUGCGGACAUUGUGUCUAGCAUCAGAGCCAUGAAGAUUCUAAAGCGUAUUGGCAAUCCAAAGGGCGUGUGGACAAGAGAUACUGUCACAGCAAAGGUUUACAUUUUCAGUGGCACUGAAGGUGAUACAGUGAAUGAGUUCAGCUUGGUGAGUGCACUCUCAUCUUCCCCUUCCAGCUCUCGGUCUAUAAGUCUACCCACCUUCUGGAAUGGAACAGGAAACACUGUGCACAAUAACCAUAUAUACUACGUGAGUGAGGGCUCCGAGGUGCAAAUAAUGAAAUUUGACCUACGCAAUGGCUCCUUGGUGGAUAGGGCUGUGUUCCCAGUAGAUGACAGGAGCCCUGUUUACACACUGAACCCAGAGACAGUGGUGGAUCUGGUGGCGGAUGAGGAAGGCUUAUGGGCUCUGUAUGGGUCAAAGGACAAUAUCAACCUAGCCAAGAUGGAUGCAGACACACUAGACACUGAACAGAUGUGGGAUACGGGCUGCCCAAGGGAAAACGCUGAGUCAGCAUUUGUGGUUUGUGGCACAGUGUAUGUUGUCUACAACACCAGACCACCAAGUCGCUCUCGAAUCCAGUGUGUGUUUGAUGUGAAUGACAUGGUGACAAGUGGAGAGGCUCCAUUGUUGUACUUCCCACGCAGAUAUGGUGCACACUCCAGCCUCAAGUACAACACUAAGGAGAAGCAGUUGUAUGCUUGGGAUGAUGGAUAUCAGAUUCUUUACAAGUUAACCUUGAAGCCGAAGCUUUGGGUUUAACCUGUGGGAUCAAGUUCUCAGCCGUAUGUAAAUUCGUAAUCAAGACCAUGUGUCGGGUACUUAUUCCUCUUUCUAUAAGAUAGUAUUUUAAUGUGAGCGUGUUUACUAAUGAAAGCCGCAUUUUCACAGUGGAAUUUUUUGUAGUUGUAUGUUGUGUUGGGCUGUAAGUCCAUAUAAUAGUUAUUUUAAUGAUUGGUCAUUAUGUGAAUCAUUAAAACAAUACAAACUCAA